AUGAAUCAUCCCGGCAAACCUCAUGCACCUCUCUUCCUGUUCAGACCUUUCUCCAACUACGUCGAGGAGCGUGAGAUCGAUCUGAGUGCCCUCAACAACAGCGACUCCUACAGCGACGGCAAGAAGCCUGAGCCGAACAUUCACACCAAGAUUGACGACCAAGUCUUGCUCAAGCUACUCACCAGAAGAUUCAACGAAUGGCUGGAGGAGGCUCGUAGGAUGGAGAAGAAUGGAGAGUCAAUCCUUGCAUACAGCGAUGUGCUGGAUGAGAUGAAUUGCGAGAGAGUCAGGUUCGUUGGUGGACUUCCUGCUGGCUAUCAAUACGUCAGCAAACCGCGUGUUGUCAAGAGACCCUUCCAGCCAAAGAAGAACGACGGAGAGAACGACGGAGAGAAUGAUGGUGGAGAGAAGCCCAAGGCCAGAAAGACAACUCCGGACAAAUACAUCUAUGGUCAUCCUGACGCGGCCGAACCCUUCAACUCCGUCUCGAACUUCGUCCUGCACGCCUAUUGGCUUCUUGGUUGGUACCAGAUUGAUGCUCGUGGUAUGUAUGGUAUCUGCGAGUGCAAGGUCUGCGACGAAACCUACACCUCAGUUCAUGACGAUCGAGAAAGUAAGCAGGCCUCCGGUGCUGAGGACGCAAUCCUUGAGUUCGACCUCAGGCUUUGCGAUGAUGCCGAGCCUCUCACGGGUCCGAGUCUUUAUUGUCUGUCGUUGUUCAAGGCUGCUGUCAUCGAGCUGAGCGCCGCGGCAACGACGAGACACGAUAGAGACCCGAAGCGGCCAUUCUUAUUGACUCCGUGUGCCGUGUCUUCUCUUUCCCUUCUCCUUCCUCAAGACGCGACCACUACAGACGCGAGCACCAAGCUCACAGCCAAUACCCCUAACAAGAUGGACAGGCAGGAGCCAACAUCAGUCAUGAUUGACCUGCGCCAAUUGCCAUUCAGCGACGGCAAUAGCCAGGAGCCCGAUCCCACAACCCACGACAAGCUUGAAGAUGCAGAAAUGCUGAAACUCCUUGAAGACGCUUUCAACGAAGACAAUGCCUUGGUGCAGAAGUGGGGUACCCAGCUCAUGUUCGUCGGUGGUCUCCCUCAGGGAUACAGCUACUGGAAGCACAUGACAACCAGCACAAAGGUCCCUCCUAGGGCUUCCAAGGCAAUCAAGGAGACAUUCGGUCACCCUCGCAUUGCCAGACUGCGCUCUUGCCCAGAGUUGUUCAGACAUGUUCUUGAGAUUAUGGACGCCAAUGAACUCUCCAUUCGCAACUUGAUCUCGCACGAUCAGCCAACCAACCCUACCAACAAUGCUCGCCUCACAGCCGCUACCAACAAAGCAGUAGUCUGCAACUGCCCUUAA